UGCAAAGCCUUUUCUAUGCUCACAUAUUAUCGUUAUCUGAUAACAGUUUUCCGUUCUUGGACCACAUCAAUCAUGACGUACCUACGGUCGAUGUCAUGGCGAGAGUUUAAGUUCGCCAUGCGACGUAAAAAGUAUGUAGUUGCCGAGGAAAACAGCAAAUUGGCCAAGGUAUUAACGACCUUGGACUUGACAGCGCUCGGAAUUGGCUCCACCCUUGGUGUGGGCGUAUAUGUAUUAGCAGGUGAAGUUUCCAAAAAAUACGCUGGUCCCGCUGUGAUUUUAUCCUUCCUCAUCGCUGCCAUUGCAUCGGUGUUUUCCGGGCUUUGCUAUGCGGAGUUCGGGGCGCGUGUGCCCAAAGCCGGAAGUGCUUAUGUCUACAGUUAUGUCAGCGUCGGCGAAUUCAUAGCAUUCAUCAUUGGUUGGAAUCUUAUAUUGGAGUAUGUAAUUGGAUCUGCGAGUGUAGUAAAAGGUCUAUUCACCUACAUAGACUCUUUAUCGGAUGAAGUAAUGAGUAAAUGGUUCCGUGAAGUGAUGCCAAUGAACGUGGAUGUGAUAGCCCCGUAUCCUGAUUUUUUCAGUCUGGGUGUAACUGUCGUGUUUUCAAUAGCGCUGGCUUUCGGCGCUAAAGAAUCCUCGCGAGUGAAUAACGUCUUCACUGUAGUCAACCUUCUCGUUGUACUGUUUGUGAUCAUCAGUGGGUUAUUCCAUGUCGACGCAUCCAACUGGAAUCUUAGCAAAGAAGAAGUCAUGGAAGGGACCAACAACUCGACGGAAUAUGGCGAAGGUGGUUUCGCUCCGUAUGGUUUCAAUGGUAUUAUCAAAGGAGCAGCGACUUGUUUCUAUGGAUUCAUUGGUUUUGACUGUAUUGCAACUGCAGGUGAAGAGGCAAAAACGCCACAAAAAUCAAUCCCGAUUGCAAUUGUGGUGUCCUUGUUGAUUAUCUUCCUUGCAUACUUUGGAAUCUCGACUGUUUUGACCAUGAUUCUGCCGUAUUAUGCACAAGAUGAAAAGGCGCCGCUUCCACACAUGUACGAAGCAGUUGAUUGGGAGUGGGCACAAUACUUGGUAACAGCCGGUGCUGUCUGCGGAUUGUUUUCAUCUCUCUUGGGAGCUAUGUUUCCAUUGCCCCGUGUUAUCUACGCCAUGUCAUCGGAUGGCUUGCUCUUUGAAUUCCUCGGACGCAUUCACCCUCGUUUCAAGACGCCAUUCUACGGUACACUUAUCGCAGGAACCUUUACCGGUGUUCUCUCCUGUAUAUUUGAACUUAGUCAACUUUUCACGAUGAUGUCACUGGGUACUUUACUCGCUUACUCAAUGGUAGCUGGAUGCGUGCUUAUCCUCCGUUUUGACAACAAUAACAAUGAUCUUGAAGCUAAUUUUACUUAUGUGGAUAUGUUGAAACAAAUGUUUCGCCCCGGCAAGAAAACGGCGACCAAUCUGACCGCUAAAUUAGUAGCAAUGGAGGUAGUGUUGUAUGUAUGCACGUGCUUUGGUUUCGCCGCCAUUUUAAGUCAGUGUAAUCUGUCGGAGGAUGGUGCAUUGCCAAUUGUUGGAGUAGCUGUUUUCGGAAGUAUGGCGCUGGCACUAGUAAUUUCGAUAAGUCUACAGCCGAGAUCAGAAACAAAGCUGCCAUUUAUGGUGCCAUUGGUACCUUGGCUUCCGGCGCUGAGUAUCGCAAUUAAUACAUAUUUAAUGACAAUGUUGGAGGCACUAACAUGGGCGCAAUGUGGCGUAUGGUUGCUUAUUGGAUUGACGAUAUACUUUGCGUAUGGACUGUGGCACAGUGCGGAAAACUCACAGAGCGUUGAUGAUAAUCAACGGAAAGUGUCUGUGAAGCAGUGAAAGGACUUAUGAUUUUAUAUUUUAUAGCGUAAUAGUUAAGAAAUAUUUAUGAUUGAACCAAUAAACUAUUAAAAAUCA